UCAUAACGUCAAAACUCAAAACAUUGGAGUGACGUUUACAAAUUUUGUCGGUGAAAUAUAAAUUUCGCGAAAAAAUUCGCCACGCAGUAUGGGAGAUGCCCCGACUUCCGAAAUGGACUCAAAUAAAGUUAGCCUUGGAAGCGAAAAUCCAUCCGAUGUGGACCGGCGACCGUUUGGAGGACUUGAAUUCCAAGUUUCCGAAGUAGUAGAGAGGUUGGAAGCUGGUGUGAAUGCUCAAGAUGCCAUGGAAGAAGAAAAAAAGCCAGAAGAACGAAAAAUAAGCACGGGGUUCUUCGAGCCAGAAAAAAUGGAUAUGGAUGAAAUUUUGAAGGUCUUAGAACAACUAGUACUUCAAACUGAUCCAAGUUGUGAAAGUUUGGAACCACCCUUAUUGCCAACGGAUUCUGUGACGCGAGCCGCAAUACUUUCUCAUAGUAUUUCGGCAUUAUUCUCGAGGUUGGAGAGGAGCCACGCUGCCCGGCUAGGAACGCACAUAGCUACUGAAACCACGCGAUGGAUGGCGCAUUUAUUUAGGUUAUCCGAUUACGACGCGUUUUAUCACCAAGAGCAGCUCGAGGGUCUGGUCAGAGUCACUCGGAUGCUGUUACACCACAAGUACCCGAGAUAUCUCGAAGAUGGAGCUCUAGCUUUCUCGAACCGUCUCCCCUCCAUCUACAGCUGUGUGGCGAGUCCUCUGGGCGUGGUCCAGCACCUGUGCCGGCAGCUGGGUCUGCCGCUGGCCUGCGUCAGACCGGUGCCAGUGGAUGCAUCUGGUAAGGGUAUGGAUCUGAAUGCUCUGGAUCGUCUGUGCGAGGAGGACUCGGCUGGUCGUACUCCGCUGCUGGUGUUAGGCGAGGCGGGCGAGCCUCCCCUCGGCGGGGGAUCCCCGCUGAAAGCGCUGGCUGAACUAUGUGGACGUAGAGGGGUCCACUUACAUGUGAGGGGACACGCCCUCGCCCUCCCCGCCGCCGGGGGAUUUGAACAGACGUACAGUAUAGCGGACUCGCUGACACUACAACCGGGUCCGUGGUUCGGAAUACCGGGGCUGCCGACUGUUACGUUUUACAAAAUACCGGAACCGCUGACGGCGAACGAUCACUCCAAGGUUGUAAAUUCGGCGAGUAGUCGCGAGGGUGCUCUGGCCGCACUGGGCGGUCUGACCGCUGGCGCGGCGCGGCUGGCAGCUCUGCCGCUGUGGACGGCGACGAGGGCGGCCGGCGCUAAGAGGCUCGCAAGACGGAUAGACGCCGCCUUCCGCUCCGCCCGUACAGCGCGGGCCUUAAUAGCCAGCACUGAGCUGAGAUUGCUGAGCGAUAGACCCGGCGGUGAUGAACCUCCUAACAUGGAUAUAGUCGAUGCCAUAAGUGAAUCCUCAGCGUGCGUGUCCUUCCAAUUCGCGCCAGCAGGGUGCGCUGACCGGCCACCCCCCUACUACGAUAAACUCAACUCGUGGUUGGGGCAAGUGUUGCAACGAGAGGCUGAUAUGAUCAAUAUAGAAAUCUGCGAGACGGAGAGUUACGGCGUGGUGCUCCGCUACUGUCCGCUCGAGGGGAUCUUUCUGGAGGAGGACCGUCUGUCGGAGUGGGCGGCCGUGUUAGACGCUCAGCUGCACGUGCUCACCGCUACGGUCGCGCUACGAGAACCCUUCCAGAAGACGCUACAGACACAUCCCUGUCUACGACUUGUACAUGUACCGGGAUGGGCUGGUCUGGGAGGAGUUCGUUACGUGCCCCCCGGUUGGGAGAACGCUCCUCUUGAGGAAUUGAACUCCUUGAAUAGACAGCUAGUGGAGACAUUGAGGGCUACCGACGGAGCCUUCUCGUGCGGGGACGGAGAAGACGGUAUGGCAUGUGUCAGGUUUGGUAUGGUGACCGCUGACACAGACGUGGAUGAAUUGUUGGAUCUGGUGUUGUCAGCGGGCAAGGACGUGGAGGAGAACUCCAAGGCUCUCACUGAUAUGACCGAGGUGUUGAAAAAAGGUAUAUCAGCGGCUCAAGAAGAACUGAAUCGUUCUGCGUGGCAGGAGGGGCUGCUGCGUCGUGUGCCGGUAGUGGGUCGGGUCGUGUCGUGGUGGGCGCCGCCUCAGCCCUGCCCCGGCCGCCGGCUACUGUUGACCCACGGCACCCUGCAGGCGACUGACGAUAUCUACCGAUUCGUUCAGAAGAAAGACAAAGAGGAACCAGCCCGCGCUCACUCCCCAACGAGACAGAACACGGUUCCAUAACAUUACGACAGUGAGACUCCUCACGUACACAGAAAAAAGUGCUCUAAUGUAAUGGAAUAAGGUUCAAUGAAUUACACAAAGAUUUUAAUAUAGAGACAGAAAAUUUUAGUCUUAUAGGUAUAGUGUAUUUUAAAUUAUUGUAACGUAUAAAGCGCAUCAGUGAUAGUGUCAUUCGUAUGCCGUCUCUUUUACUCUGUAUGUGUAAGAAAGAGACAGCAUUAGCUUAGUUAAAUAACUAUUAAUUUCAAUAUGUUAAGUGAUAUAUUUGCGGAAAUUCUAAAAAUAUAUAUAUAAAUAUAAUAUAAUCGUAACUUAUUUAAUACGACUGUAAACAGUAUUGUAAUCUUAGUCUGUAAUAAAAAAAAAAAUUCACAAAUUCUAUUAUAGUGUACGAAAAGUGUAGAUACAUAUAGUAAUAGUAGAAGGAAUAAAAAAAAUAUUAUAAACCAUUACCUUCACUCCAUUAAAGUAAAUAUGUUAUAAUUAUCUAGAUUUAGAUAAUGUAGCUUUUAUAUAACGGUGUAAUCCAUUAUCGUAUAUCAUUCAUCAUACAACUACAGUUAAGCAACAGUAACACAGGACAGUAGCCCGAUGGGUGACCAACUAAGUCAAUAUCCAUGCCCAAUAUUUAAAUUAAAUCACAAAAUAGUUGGUUCAAAAAAAUAAGUCAAUUUAAUGUUAAACCAUAUUUAAAAUUUUAAGCAAUAUUUUAGUAAAUUUCAUACUUUCUUUCCCUUUGUGAUAAUCAGCUGAUCCAUUUAAAAUGUAAGUCAUAAUUUUCUCUUCACAUAGCAUUGAAUAAAUAUCAAUAUAAAUAUAUUAGUAUUUUAAACUUUUCCAAAUAAGUAUUUUUUUUUACUUCAAAUUGUUAUUUAUAAUCUCAUCAACAUGUCACAAUUUUUACUUCCAUUACAUGAAUUUAUUUCAAUUGUAGGUACUAUCUUUUAAAUCUUUCCCAAUAACUUUCAAAUUAAAUGACAAUCUUUGUAUGUUAAAAUUGUAAAUUAGUUAACAUUUUAUCCAGUAACAUAAAUAAUAAUAAAUUGCUAUCUUAUUUUUGUGAUUUGGAAUUUUGAAACAUUAUGUAAUUUUAUUUAAUAACAUAUUUUGAUAUGUAAACAAUGUUUUUAGUGAAAAACUGCAUUAUUACAGAUUUCUGUAGUCAACACGUAUCCGGUUCAUACUGGUUUCAACCAGUUUGUUUACACGAUAAAGCAUAUAUGUAUUUGUUACUUUAUGGUACAGUGAAAUUUUUUUAAUAGUAAAUCACCUAUAAAAAUCAAAGCAGUUGCCAAAAUAGUAUGAUUUUAAUGAAAAUGAUGUUAUUUAUAUUUUUCUCAAUUAUAUAUAUUAUAGUUUACAUCAUGCAGUCUGAAUUAAUCGGUUCAUUUGUUGUGAUUUAUGAGUUAUUGAAUAACAAAUAAAGUUAUCCAAUGUUAA